CCUCUCCCUCCUCCUCCUCUCCCCAGCACGGGAUUGUGGGAGGAAGCGGAGCGGAGCGCAGACAGACGCCCAGCGAACAUGGCUGCACCAUGAGCCGCCUCCCAGAGGCUCGUCGCUGCUGCUGCUCUCGCCGCCGCCGCCGCCGCCUCCUCCAGCCGCCCCAGCGCUACCGCCAGCCCGCGGCUUGAGCCCAGGCCGAGCGGCGGCCGAGGGGGGGAAGGAGGAGGAGGGACCCCCCCGAUCUCCUCCCCGAUCCCCCCCCUCGACCGACGCCGCGGGGGAAGGCGCAGGGGGGGACCCAGACCCAGCCGACGGACCCAGGCCGGCCCGCUCCCCGGCGCCCCCUCCCCAUGGAUAGGAACUACCCUAGCGCCGGUUUCGGGGAUCCGCUGGGCGCCGGCCCGGGAUGGAGCUACGAGCGCUCGGCCAAGGCCAGCUUGGUGUAUGGCGGAUCCCGGAGCUCACACCCAGACACGGAUAUUUUGCAUCGCCAAGCAUACGCCACCCCCCAUCCUCUCCAGGGCUACGCCACGAACCACCAUCCAGCAGGUCUCUCUGGCCUGUUCGAGACAGGGCUCCAUCAUGCCAGCAGUGCCACCCCAGACGCCUCUGUCAUGAAUCUCAUCUCGGCGUUGGAGUCCCGGGCACCGCAGCCAGGCCCUUCUGCCUCCUCCCUCCUCUCCCAGUUCCGUACCCCAUCGUGGCAAACAGCCAUGCACACUCCAGCCCCUGCCGAGCUCUUCAUCUCGGGCGCCCUCCCAGGCUCUGGCACGUUCCCCUCCUCAUCGGCGCUCUCUGCAUACCAGCACCCAGCUUCCUUCAGCGGGCGCAGCUUCCCGGUCACCUCCUCGCUCACCCUGCAGGACGCUACCUUCAGCCCGACCUCCAAUGGCCUCUUGUCCCCCCAUGACCCCCUGCUCCACAUCAAGUCCUCUCAGCCCAGCGUCCCUUCGUCCCUCAGCUUCGACCGACUGGGCAGUGCGGUGCUGGGCACGGGCUUGCCUUCCCAGAGCUCUGCUUACCGCAGCGCCCAAGAGUCGGCCUCCCGCCACCUCCCCUCCCAGUUCAACCUCCUGUCAUCCUCCCUGGGGCCUUCCGACCAGACGUCCCAGCUCUAUAAUACCUCGGUCUUCUCCAGCUCUCCCGCCUCCUCCAUAGAGCGGGCCAUCCCCCGGCAGGACAGCGUGAUCAAACAUUACCAGAGGCCCUCAAGUGCCCAGCCCCAGCUGCCAGCCGCCCAUUCCCUCCAGCACUACCUGAGCUGUGGGGGCAGCUACCAGCAGAUGCCCCACCGGUCCAGUCUUUCCUGCAGCCCCUUGGGGGAACAGUCCCCAGCCAGUAGUGAAGGUUCCCAGCAGCAGAAGACCCCCCAGGCCACCCGGCAAGAGCCCUCCCAGAGUUACCGCCCCAUCAUCCAGUCCCCGGGCUAUUCCAGCACAGCCUCCUCUUCCAAGUCCAAGAGCUACUCGGCCUCCCGUCAGCCACCACGGUCCACAGCCACUCCCAAGUGCCAAAGCAACUACAGUUCGUCCACGCCCAAGCCCAGCUCCGUCAUUGCGAGUCAGUCGCAGGCCUAUUCGCCCGGGCAGCCCCAGAGCCUGCUUUCCAUGAGCCAGUCGCAGAGUUAUUCAGUCAGCCAGCCACAGAACCUGUCUUCGGUCAGCCAGGCCUCCCAAGGCUUCAGCAGCAGCCAAGCCCAGGACCUGACAAGCGUCAGCAAGGCUCAGAGCUACUCGACGGCAGGCCAAACCCAACAGGGCCAGGCUGCGCAAGGUGGGCAAGGCCUGCAGACGUGUCAGAGUCAGACUUACUCCCCCGAGCAGCUGCAAGGCCUGUCGUCGGUCGGGUACAGCGUCCAGGCUGAGCCCCACGUCUCUGUGAGCCAGACGCCAAGUUACGUACCAGCUCAUUCGCAGGGGAUGCCCACAGCCAGCCCAUCGCUCAGUUACAGCACCGGCCAUUCCCCCGCUAUGCCGGGACACAGCCAAUCGAUCGGCUACUCGCACAGCCAGAACAUGCCGGACUCGAGCCCUUCCCAGAUCAUCCGGCCGCUCCAGUCGCCCACGACUAAUCGGCCCCAGAGCGUGGCCUCGCCCGGACAGUCUCAGAAGUAUCUCACGUCUGUGCUGUCCCCUUCCUUCAUGCAGUCGGCUCACACCCAGAGCUACCAGAGUUCCCAAGGGGGCUUGGAGAGAGCGGCGUCUUAUGGCAAAUCCAAGGCCGACUCAGACCUGCUGUCCUCCGAGCGGACAGAGGACGAGGAGUUCUUGAUCCAGCACCUGCUGCAGUCGCAGAGCCCACCGAGGGUGCCCACCGAGGGCAUGGUGGAGUGUGAAGAGAGGGCCGGCAAAGGGAUGGGGUAUGAGCUGAGCAAGACCGAGGAGCGCUACCAUCUCCAGAGUGUCAUCCGGACCAACUCUAACUUGGACAACCAGGGUCUCGAGAUGUCCUUGCAGAGCCUGAAGGACAAGAAGAAAGGGGAGAGAGCGAAGGAGUACUCCCACACACGCUCUACGCCUGAAUCCUUGACCACCUCCGUCGUCCAUUACAGCCAUCAAGCUGGCUCCAUGGACUCCUACGGGCAGGACAUAAAGAAGUCGGUGGAGCAGCAUCUCCAGGGUGGCCACAUGGACACAGGCAGCAAAGAGAUCUCCCAAGCCCAUUCGUAUUUGCAGAAAACCCCUGAGCAUGCCCCCCAGCCCCACCCCAUGGAGCCCCACGGGUUGAUGCCGGGGCAGCAAGGGGCCCCGCUGAUGUUGGACUCCCCUCCCGACCUGCCCCCCCUUGCCCUUUCGCAACAGCAGCAACAGCAGCAGCAAUCCCAGCUGCUCCAGUCAGUGCUGACCCACACCCAGAGCCAGCUGCACCCCCGGGGUAAGGUUCGCACCCCGAUGGACGUCCACUUGAUGGAGCCUCAGCGCAUGCACCAGGCCGAAGCACCCUCGCCGCAGCUUCAGAUGCAGGCGUUGGAAGCGCAUCUGCACCAAGCCCAUGUGCGUUCCCAGAGCAUGGAAGCGCAGCUUCUCGAACCACAGCAGUCGCCACAACUCCAGGGUCAGCUGCAGCAGGAGAGAAUGCAGUCUGAGGGCAUGGAGGUGAUGCCUCAGGGCAACCUCUCCCAGUCACAAGAGAUCCAGGACUUUCUGGAACCAGAGCUGAGCUUGGAGUCCCAUCUGGGGCAAGGCGGGGCGGUCCAAACGCAACAGCAUCUCCUCCCUGAUGCCAGCUUGGACCCAGACUCCUCUCAGCAAGUCCCCCAAGGUCAACUGGAGGGCAAGGACCAGUUUGAAAGUCCCAGCCCCCAAGGGGCCAAGCAGCGCUUUGUCCCCCUCACCUCCAUCUGCUUCCCAGAUUCUUUGUUACAGGACGAAGACCGUAGCUUCUUCCCGGGCAUGGAGGACAUGUUUGGGCCGCCUCCUUGUGCUGGGGAUGAGUUCCCAAAGCCAGAUGAUGGCACGCAGGGCAUGGAGCGGGGAGAGGGGAUGAAAGGGGGAGGUUAUGACAUGAUGCCAGGAGGCCAGGGGUACCAGAGCUACUGCCCAUCCGAAAGCGGGGACGGGCAGCAUUUGGGGUUGGAUUCCGUGUCGGUGAAGCACGAGUUGCCCUCGACUGUCAACACAGAACAGCUGGGGCUCAUUCAGUCUGGGCAGCACGGGACGCCACCUGUUUCUGAAUCCAAGUCGGGUCUGACGUCACCUAUUUUUUGCUCGUCUAAACCCAAGAAGCUGCUCAAGACCUCGUCUUUCCACUUGCUGAAAAAGCGGGAGCCGCCUUUCCAGCCACCCAAAAAGAACUAUGCCCAGGAAUAUGAGUUUGAAGAUGAUGAGGAUAAGGAGGACGUCCCGGCCGACAUCCGCCUCAAUAGCCGGCGUCUGCCUGACCUGCUUCCUGACCUCAUUUCAAGCUGCCGCACCAACCGGACCCUCAGCCCCAUGGGUGACAUAGACUUCUGCCCGCCUAACAGUGGCCUAAUGGAAGGGCCCAAGCGUCGGGGACGCAAACCUACCAAGCCCAAGCGAGAAGGCCCUCCCCGGCCCCGUGGGAGGCCCCGCAUCCGGCCUCUGACUGAACCGCCCCAUGGCGUGGCUCACGAUGGAACCAAGAAACCCCGUGGCAGGGGGAGAGGGAGGGGAAAGAAAGCUGGGGAGGAGGGGGUUGAACCUGGAGCAGGCUUGGAGUCGCUCAAACCUCUCAAGAUCAAGUUGCCCGUUCCCAAAGGUCUGGAGGGAUCUCGGUUGGAGGUUCCCACUCCAUCUCAUCAGCCCACUCAAGAGAGCAGUUUGGACAGCAGCCAGACCCGGGAGAAGAUCAAGCAGAAGAUCAAGGAAGUGGAAGAGAAGCAGCCUGAGAUGAAGUCGGGGUUCAUGGCAUCCUUCUUGGACUUCCUCAAGUCAGGCAAGCGUCAGACGUUGCCUUCAUCUUCCUCGUCAGUCAUGGUGGGGCCCCCCGGGGCAGCGGCUGCAGUGGCCUCGUCUUCGGGCAGUCCCUCCAAGACACCACGUCCCCCAUCAGCUACAUCUUCAUCAUCGUCUUCCCAGCCUCCGCCUCCCUUCAGCAUGGCUCCUCCAAUGCUGCCGGGGGGCUUGGAUGGGCCUGAAGGGGAUCCUGCUGGGCUUGUCAUGAGCUGCACCAGCCCCUGCAAGCGGCUGGAUGAGGAGCUAAAACGUAACCUGGAGACUCUGCCCUCGUUCUCCUCUGAUGAGGAGGACUCAGUCAGCAAGAACCAGGACCUCCAAAAGAGCAUCUCCUCCGCUAUCUCAGCACUCUAUGACCCCACGGACCGCAAGGAGGGGGAGCCCAAUGAUGUGCCACCAGUGGAGGAGAAGCCUCCCAGCCCAGCUCCAUCAGUGGAGACAGAGACGCAACCAGAGCUGCCCCCGCCACCUAUCUCCCCAGCUCCCUCACCCAAGGAGGCCCCCCCAGCCCCCGAAGAGCCACCAGCUCAGGCAUCCCCUGAGCCUGAGGAUCCGGAGGACACGCGGCCCCUUCACCUCGCCAAGAAGCAGGAGACGGCUGCCAUUUGUGGGGAGACAGACGAAGAGGAGGCAGAGAGUGGCGGAGAAGGAAUCUUCCGAGAGCGCGAUGAGUUUGUCAUACGAGUCGAAGAUGUUCAGGCCCUCAGGCUUGCUCUUCAGACUGGGCGGGAGCCACCCCCCAUCUGGCGGGUACAGAAAGCGUUGCUUCAGAAGUUCACCCCCGAAAUCAAGGAUGGGCAGCGUCAAUUUUGUGCGACCAGCAACUAUUUGGGCUACUUUGGCGAUGCCAAGAACCGGUACCAGCGGCUCUAUGUCAAGUUCUUGGAGAACAUCAACAAGAAGGAUUAUGUCCGUGUCUGCUCCAAGAAGCCUUGGCACCGGCCCCUGCAGGCUGUCAGGAGACAGAGCCAGCCUAAGGCCUCUGGCCCUAAGGCUCCUGUGACACCCAAAGUGGAGAAACUUGAGAAGCCAGAAGUCCCGGAGAAGGUUGAGAAACCAGACAAGCCCACCAAGGCCGAGAAACCUCCCAAGACUGAGAAAGUGGAGAAAACCGAGAAGCCCCCCAAGGCUGAAAAAGGGCCUAAGCUGGAAAAGCCCCCCAAGGUUGAGAAGCCUGAAAAGCCCCCCAAGGCGGAAAAAGUGUCCAAGGCAGAGAAGCCCCCCAAAGUGGAGAAAACUGACCCCCCUGUGCCUGUCCCCUCCAAAGCUGCUCCAGUCAGCGCGACGUCUAAACCCAAACCCAAGCCAGCCAAGGUGAAGGCAGAACCACCCCCCAAGAAGAGGAAAAAAUGGCUGAAGGAGGCGGCGUCCUCCUCUGACUCUGAUUCCAGCCCUGACCUGCAGAGUGAGGAAGAGCGUGUGCCAACAGGCCGUAUUCUAAAUACGCGAGCCAUGAAGGAGAUGUACCGCAGCUACGUGGAGAUGCUGGUCAGCACUGCCCUGGACCCAGACAUGAUCCAAGCUCUCGAGGAUACAAAUGAUGAACUUUAUCUCCCACCCAUGAGGAAGAUUGAUGGGAUAUUGAAUGAUCACAAGAAAAAGGUGCUGAAGAGAGUGUCUCUUAAUCCCUCGCUACAGGAGGCGCUCCAUACGUUCCCUCAACUCCACGCCGAAACGUGCGACACCACAGUCAAGUUGCGCCCGGGUGGUGAACCUUACAACCGUAAGACACUCAAUAAACUCAAGAAGAAUGUAUCCAAACCGCAGGAAUUCAGCGUGGAAGUGGAGAAGUCCUUUUUCUACACUCUGUACCAUUCCCUUCACCACUACAAGUACCACACCUUUCUGCGUUGUAAGGAUGAGACGACAGCGAUCGAGGGUGAAGACGAGGACCUGGGCCAAGAGGAAGUGGUUCAGCAGUGCAUGCGUAACCAGCCAUGGCUCGAGAAACUGUUUGACUCCUUCAGCGAGUUGCUGACUCAGGCGCAGAGCAAAUGUGCGUGACGCGCGUGCAAGCCGCCCAGAGCCACGCCCCGGGAGGGGCCGCCUAACGCCCACCCCUCUGCAGAGCCAGAGCAGGAAGUGGGGAGAGGAAAGUCGAGGGGUACCAUUGCAGGCAACGAGUUCAGACUCCGCUCAGUACGGCCACCGCCACCCCUGCCCUUUUUGUUUAUUUGUUUUCCUUUUUUUAAAAAACAAAACCCAGGGACCUGGUAUGGGUCUUCUGCUUCGGUGGUGGGGUGUGGGAUGGUUUGCGAUGGCAGAGAAGGACGUGUGGAGGGGAGGUUCUCACUAGAUAUUUGGACGGAUGCCCCGCCCCCCUUUCCCUUUUGCCCUGGCUGUACAGAGAAAUAUUAUUUAUAUAUAAAUGUAUAAAUGUCUAAUUUGAGCAGCCUUGCCCCGCCUCUGCUCUUGAUGGGGUGAGAGUAGGAAGAGAACCCAUAGGAAGGUCAGAGAGGAACGGUGGUGUGCGAUUCAGAGCUAGGAGGCUGGGUCUUAGGUCUCCUGAGUUCUGCGGGUGAAGGAAAUAACAAAGGGGCGGGGGGGGGAGGAUCUGGGUUCUAUCCUGCAUCUCUUCCAUCGAGGCCCUUUAAAUUCUCCCAGAGGUUGAGUUGAACAUGGAGGGAACUUUGCAGUGACCCGCUUCCCGGUUACAUGGUGUCAGCUCUCUCGACUACCUGCAGUCUGAUCAGGUAAUAUAACCCUACUUCCCUCCCCCACCACAAACAACUCCAAUCCCAUCUCUGCCAAACCAUUGUUGUUCAGUGUAAAAAAAAGGGGGGGGAAGGGCGUUCUCACCCACACACUAAUGACGAUCAUUUUCUAUUCUUGCUUCCGAUCGAAAAAAAUAUUUAUUGCCAAGUUCUUCCCACCCUUUUCCCAUCCACAGUUCUUUCCAGAGAGCCCUUCUCUCUGGGGUGAGCUUUUUAAUCUUAUCUUUUCGUGUCUGUGGUUGGGGGCGGGGGGCAAUUACUGCUGGUGGAUCCUGCCAUUAGCCCCUGUUGUUUGUCUCUGCUCUCCCCACCCCACUUGGGGGAUCCUAGCUUCUAGUGACACAUGGAGAAUCUCCCCACCUCUCCCAGUAUCCCUUUUGACUGGUAAAUUAGGGGAUGAAGCACAGCGAUACCCAUAGCAAAUCUGCCUGUACCAAGACUUCCUAGGUGUGCUCUUCCCCCCUCCCAGCUGUCUAGAUUUUUUUUCAAAAUGACCCCACAUGGGUCAAGGGAGGGUUGAAAAAGCAGGUCGCAGUUAUAUCCCCCUAGUACCUGUUUCAUUUUAUCUCCUCUGCAGGAGGGGUAGUUCCCCCCCUUUCCUAUUAUGGUCUUUAACAAGGCAGGAUUCUAUGUUUCCCCCCCCCCUUCCCCUCAGCUGUAUAUACUGUAUAGGAUAAAAAGUCUAUGUAUCAUAUUGUAUUUGACUAACUUGAACUUAACGAUGCGCAGGACUUUUUCUCUCUUUCCUCUCUCUCUUUCUCUUUCCUCUCUCUCACCCGUAGCUGUGACGUUCUUUGGUUUGGACUGAAAUUUUUCAUUAGGAGGUCGUUAUUUUUUUAUCGUUGUUGUUGUCAAGGGGGACAGGAGAUUCCGUGUUGCCUCCUAUCCCUUAGCCCUCCUAAGCCAAGAGCCCCCUUCUCUUUCUAACCCUGAACUGAAAUGCUAAAACUAAAUCUUUUUAGAUUAGAAGAAUAGGUUCCAAUUCCCCACUCUUCAGCCCCUGCCCCUAUGUCCUUCAAGAGGCCCCAAGUCAUACAAGUUACACACGCACCACACUUAGCAGCCUGUUAUCACCUCAGCUCGUUCUUCCUGGGAAAGGCCCAUGAACAUCCCAAAUCAAUCCCAUACUGAACAUACAUCUCUCCACAACCACCACCCCGCCCCAAGCAGACAGAUUCUCACUUCCCAGCCAAUGUCUACCUCAUUCCUGUUCCCAACUUUUUCUCUUCACCAUGAAGUUCCUGGUAGGAAUUUUUCCACACUAGUUCAGUUUCAUCACUCUCCCGUUUUCAUUCUCUCUCUUUCCAUGCAAGCACACUCUAGUUGGGUUCAACUCUGUUCUUCUCACAGUUCCCCAAUCAGAGCACUCCCAAUUUCCUAAAGACUUCUCAUUCAUUUUCACCGGGUCAAAACAGACAGGAGUGUGUGAAAGUUCCCCACAACACAUUCCUCUCCCUCCAUUUUUCAUUUAGGGGAGGGCAUGAAAAGGUACUUGCAGUGGGGGGGGGAGGGGUUGGAUCUCACCUCAAAAGGAGUUGUCCUUUUUUUUUUGCUAUGUCAGGAUUACUUUCAACUAGUCUCUGAAGAGCCCCGGAAAUGGAUUUGGUGACCCUCACCCCCCUCCCCUUCAUUUAGGGGAGGGUCUUUUUUAUAUAUGCAUAUACACAACUCCCCUUAUUCCCCUAGAUCCCAUUUUUCCUCCCCUAAUUAUUUAUUGUGGGUGAAUAGAGGCUGGCAAGUGUGUGUGUGAGUGUGCAUGGAAGGGCGUGCGCGUGUGUGUGUGUUGAAUUUGGUGUACACCGAACCCUACUCAAAAUGGAGUAUUUUAAGGGGGAGGGAGGGUUGACUGGUUUCCCUUCUGGAUAUUUUAGAGCUUGCAAAUUAGUUUUUAACUGCUUUCCCUACAAAACCUGGCUACUGAUUGCUGUCAGGCCUUAUAGAGGUGAAGGACUUUAGGUUGAACCUGUAUGUCAAGGUGGGGUUAGCUUGAACACGGGGUUUGGGGAAAGCGAGGGGAUUGGGGGAGGGGAGUGUGUUUCACAGUACAGGGUUCAUUUUUGAGGGACACAAGAGCCAUUACACUUUCUGGGACAACAGGUCUGCGCCAUCAAUCCUAUAUAAAACCUUACAAAAGCAUUGCCUUUUGGCAGAGUGGCCAAACCCGCACACCCCCAGAAUUGGAGGGCCCAGCUUCAAGUUAAUCUGAAACACAUGCGCACACACACACCUGCUUCGUGUAACGGGAAAAAAAGACUUUUCUCUCCUCCCCCCCCCCCAUUUGGAUCUCGGAAGGCCCCCUUUUUUACGACGUGUAUUUCUGUGUAUCUUGUUCGCGCCUCAAGGGUAUUGUUCUGAGAUAUGGGAUUUGUGUUCUGUAUUAUUGGAUGUUCCUAUAUAUUUUUAUUGUUUAUUAUUAGUGUCUGAGACGUUUUUUUCUCUCAAUAUGUAAAACUCACAUUGUAUACUGUGUACACAACAAAAUGACAAAAAACACUUUUCUUUGCAAAAAUGAAA